AUGUCAAACUGCGAAUUAAUUAACCUUCCUGUGUUGGAGUUGGAGCAACACCAAGUGCGCGAAGUCCUCCGAUGUGUUUUGCAUACCAUAAUCUUCAACAGGGCUCUUGGACCUGUGAGACCUAGAGAAGUGGACUCUGAGCUCUUUGAGAUCACAUACGUGCAGUGCGGAGACACACUCGUGGAGAGGGUGAUAGAGGAGAAGAUAGACCAGUUCUACGGCUGGGUGGAGAAGCACCCAGGCAAGAGGGGCCAGGUGAGCUUGGCCUUCUUUGAGAAGCGUAAGACACAGCGCUGGUCCCUCAUUGGCGGCAAGCAGGAGGAGCGCCUCUACUGGGAGCAGUGGCAUGCGAAGCUGCAGGAAGCUGUGGAGCAGGUGAUGACGCUCAUAAUCCGCGCUGUCAACGAGAAGAAAGACCAUAUCCCGCCAGUCACCUCUGCUGCAGUCCUCACCUUCCCCUUUGAGAUCACCGUUGCCGGCAGACACGAUGCGCAAAGACAUCUGAUGGGGGUUGCAUGUUGUCGCAGAGAUGGCAACAUUGGCUAUGGCCUGGAGACUAUGAAGCGGCUGCUGAUGCACACCAGCCCCCCACCAGUGCUCAGCUGA